CACCAUUCAUCAAUCCUGGAGAUUCUACAGUCCGGUCUGGUGAGAUAGACGCUGGUCUUCUACUCGCCGACCUCCUCCUGUCUACCCCUCAUUCUUCCCCUCAGCUCAACCCCACCAAACCCCCAGAUGGCGGACGCCUUCCCCCAGGCCCUGGCGGGGCCUUCCUCAAAGGAGAGGAAGUACGACCGACAGCUUCGUCUAUGGGCCGCCAGUGGACAGCAGUCUCUGGAGGAAUCCCGCGUGCUACUUGUCAAUUCGGAUGGUCCGUGGGGCAAGCAGAGCACCGGAGUCACAGGCGUAGUCGGCGUCGAGACGUUGAAGAACCUCGUACUUCCGGGAAUUGGAGGCUUCACCAUUGUUGAUCCUGCGAUGGUGACCGAACCUGAUCUCGGAUUGAAUUUCUUCCUGGAAGAGGACAGUCUAGGCAAGUCUCGGGCAGAGGAAACGUGUCGCUUGCUACGGGAACUGAACCCGGACGUAGAGGGAAGCUCUCAUGCAAAGCCGAUAGCAGAGAUCGUGAAAGAAGAUCCAGACUUCAUUUCGCGACAUCAGCUGGUGUUGAUCUCAGGCCCCAUCCAACGGUCUUCACUAAACAUGCUCUGCACCGCCGCGAAAGACAACGGCAUCCCUGUCCUGUACACGCGGUCUGUUGGCUUCACGUCGACUUUCUCAUUACAGCUCCCGGAUGUCUUCCCCAUAGUGGAGACACACCCCGACCCCGAAACCACCCAGGAUUUGCGACUGCUCAACCCCUGGACGGAGCUGGACAUGGCUGGGGCGCGCGUAAUGAAUCUAGAGAGCCUAGACGAUCAUGAGCACGGUCACGUCCCGUACAUCCUCCUCCUUCUCCACUACCUGCAAAAGUGGAAGCAAUUGCACAAUGGUGCCGUUCCAUCUAACUACAAGGAGAAGACCGAAUUCCGAGAUAUGGUGCGGUCAGGCGCACGAACGAACAAUCCAGAAGGCGGGGAAGAAAACUUUGACGAGGCUGUGGCGGCAGUAUUGAAGUCCCUGAAUCCGUUCAGCCUGCGCAGUUCCCUCCGCGAGAUAUUCGAAAUGGACGAAUGCAAGAACCUGCGACAAGACUCGGCCGAGUUCUGGAUCAUUGCAGCGGCGAUCCACGACUUUUACAAGAAAGAUAACCUGCUCCCCUUGUCGGGCUCAUUGCCGGAUAUGAAAGCCCAGUCGGCAGACUACAUUGCACUCCAGAACAUCUACAAAACGAAAGCACGAAAGGACAUCGAAGAGGUCGUGGGACUCGUCCGAUCGAUCGAAGCCCGGCUCGGUCCACGCCCAGUUGAGAUUUCCGAGAAGGAUAUCGAAAUCUUCUGCAAGAACGCCUCCCACGUCAAGGUCAUCCACGGCCGAAACAUCCCCCGGCUCGACGGCGACGCGCGGACCACAAAGAUCAUCAAAAACAACCUGACCAAUUCCGACUCCAUCAUCCCGCUGUUCCUCGCCUUCCAGAUCCUCGACGACAUCGUGACAGACAUCCAACAAGGCAAUGCCCCGGACGAGUCCCUGGACGACGACGCCGUGUGGAACACCCACAUCGACCGCGCCAUCGGGGUGAUCACCAGCGACAGCCCCGCUGACGUUGACGAGGAGGCGCGCGAGCGGAUCGUGCAAGCAACACAGGAGCUCCGGCGGACGGAAGGCGGAGAGCUUCACAACACCUCGGCUCUAACGGGUGGACUGGUCGCGCAGGAGGCGCUCAAGGUGAUCACGAGGCAGUACGUGCCGCUGGACAACACGUGUAUCUUUGAUGGUGUGCGCAGCCGCAGCGAGAUGUUCAAGUUGUGAGAUUACC